AUGGCCUGCGAAUCUGAAAAUUUCUUAUUUUACCUCGAAGAGUCUGAUUCCUUCAUAGAAGUCAACAACAAGGAUGAAGUUUUAGCUACCGAAGAGUUCAGCCCAUUUUCUGGACUAGAGAAAUGGUUGACGGAUGUUCCUUCGAUCAAAGGCCCUAAUAGGCAUGAGUCUUCUGAUGAAGAAGAAGAUUCAUCAGAUGAGCACGAAGAUUCAUCUGCCGAGGAGGAAGAUUCAUCUGACGAAGAAACUGUCAGUUUUGAUGCUCUAGCUCAUGAGCUUAUUCAAUUUUAUCAAAGAUAUGGAAUUGACCAUUACUGGACUCGAUACGGAGCUGUUGGAGCUAGAGGAAAAGGCUGUCGAGGCGGCGGGGAUUUCUGCUUAUUUUUCAAUAAAAAUGGUGCCUUCGUGAAAGCGUACGAAGAGUCAAAGAAGAAAUUCGUUUUCGAUGAGUACGAGCUUGAUAUUCGUCGACAACCAUUCAAAGAUCUCUUUCGGCUUUGA